UGAAAUUAUUUCUUUUAUUCUAAUCGUGAAUGGAGCAGAUUGCGGUUCAUUAAUGCUGUAUUUAGAUUUGUCUUGCAACACAGCUGAAGAUGUGACUUAAAAUUUGGAGAGAAAUCGUCACAAAAUGAGUAAUCAGAAUGUGUUCUCAGAAAGCAUGCCUUGUGAGGACUUAGCUUAGCAUAUAUUAUGUUGUGAGAAUGAGGUGCUCUUUUCGGGACUGAACAUUUUCUUUGGUUACGGAUAAAACAUUACCAUGGAAACCAGACGGGACUCUGCAGUUGGCAGCCAACUAGAGCCGCAGUUUAUGCUGUGUGGUAAGACUGAGCCACUUGAUCUCUCCUGUCAGCCUGCACCAGAGCCUGUGGGGAAAAAGGCUGUGGAUUUAUCAUGUCUGUCUUCGUUAGAGUUAGCCCAAAGAAAAGCUGUGGAUAUUCUGUGUAAGUCUCCUCAAACAUCAUCAAAAACUGUCGACAACUCCUGCAAACCAACAAGUGAACCUGUUGAUCUUUCAUAUCAAAAAUCCUUUGUGCAGACCAAAGCUGUGGAUCUCUCCUGUCAAACUCCAGCAAGAUCUGAAACAGAAGCUGUGGACCUUCUCUGUCAUCCUUGUACAAGACCUGUGGACAUGAAAGCAGUGAAACUUUCCAGUCAAAAAACUGCAGAAUCAUCCUGCCAACCUACCUCAGAGUCUGUGGGGACAAAAAAUGUGGAGCUUUCUUAUCAACUUUCACCAGAAUCUGUGCAUGUACGUACGAAAACCCAGAACAUCUCCAGUCAGCCAUCCCAAGAGACUGUGAGGGCAAAAGCUGUGGACCUCUCUAGUCAACCUACUCUGAAAUAUUUGGACAAUGAAGCUGGUGAAAUUUCCAAUCAAACUACCCUGGAGUCUGUGGGCCACAAGAAAACUGGGGACCUUUUAUGUAUUGAAUCCCAUUCCAAAUCUAUGAAGACAAAAGCCAGGGACGUCUGCUCUCAACCUACUCCAGUGUGUGAGGCACAGCCCAAAAGCACAAAUCGGUUUGAUUUCCUAAGUUCACUGCGGUUGCAGCCAUGGCCUAAGAAAAGACUUGACGACACCCAAGGUCACCACAAGACAAAGUCCUCAGCAAAUCCAGUGGACAGUUCCUCUCGAGGUGACCAUUUGGAAACAACCAGAACAACUUGCAGUCCCAUUCCCGUUGAACGUUCGCUGUGUCAGGAGCAGAAUUCUGGUCAGACAGAAAGUGCUGAUGAACAGGAUGUUUGGUCCAUAAAGGUAGAAGGUGAAGACCCUGCAGAUGAACCAGAGGUGUGGCACGUGAUAAAGCAGGAUGAUGUUGACAUGACUGAUGAACAGACUGAGAGGGCGGAUGUAGAGUCGCUGGACACCGUGGAAUCUCCUGCGUUGUCUUCAGAACAAGAAGUUUCCUUGGAUUUGUCCAAGGAUCCUGACAGUGAACACACGGAUGGGGACAUUCAAGUUGGUUACAUUAUUCAGAAUAGGUUUAAUCGUAGUUCAGCACCACAGAUGUGUGGCCCACCACGUGUAGAUGAAAGACCUUAUGCCUGUAAUCUGUGCACUAAAAGGUUUACUCAUCAGUUCACCUUGGAAUCGCACAAACUGUCGCACAUCAGUGGUAGACCAUAUGUCUGCCAUGUCUGCGGUAAAAGGUUCACCCAGCAGUCCAGUCUGACCUCGCAUCGUGUAAAACACACCGGUGAAAGACCAUUCCUCUGCAACAUUUGUGGCAAAAGCUUUACCUAUCAAUCCAACUUGAAAACGCAUAGGUCUUCUCACACGGGCGAAAGGCCUUUUGCUUGUAAGAUAUGUGGGAAAGCCUUCGUCCAUGAAUCCAUUUUGAGAACGCAUAGCCGAACACACACAGGCGAAAAGCCUUACACCUGUACCCUUUGUGGCAAAAACUUUCCGCAACAAUCUGGAUUGAAGUCCCACAUUGUGACCCACACAGGAGAAAGACCUUACAGCUGCGAUAUAUGUGGCAAGACGUUUAACCAACAAUCCAACUUGAAAAUGCAUAACCUUACACACACAGGUGAAAAGCCACACACCUGUGCCACUUGUGGCAAAUGCUUUACACAUCAGUCUUCAUUGAAAGCUCAUUAUCGAACGCACACCGGCGAGAAGCCCCACACCUGUUCAUACUGUGGUAAAGGUUUCAGUCGACAAUCCACUUUAAAGUCCCAUGUCCUAACGCACACAGGUGAAAAACCAUACACCUGUACCGGUUGCGGUAAAAGCUUUACUCGCCUCUUCAUACUAAAGAGACAUUCUCAAUCAUGUCAAAGAGCUUAUCUCAUGCAAGACGUACCAGAUUUGCCAAAUAUUUCAUCAGUUUGAUUUAUUUUUCUUCUUUUUUUGUGGCAAAGGUGACACCAGUUUUGUUGUAUGUUUUACGAGAGAGCCUACAAUAAAAGACUAAAAGUAACACUGAAUAACCAACUUUUUAUUUUGUCUGAUCUUGAUGCAUUUAUGAUUUGUCUGUCAGUUGAGGCUUUCUGAUCAUGUAAAUAUGUCAUUAACAGGAAAAAGUGCUCAAGUACAUGUAGCCUACAUUUUCAGCAUGUCAGAAGAUUUUCAGGUUUUUCUUCCACCUUUUUUCCUCAUACCUGCUGUCCAUAAAACAACAAUUAAAACGGUGUUGCCUAACCUACAUGUAGAUAUUUGUUCCUGUAUAUUUUUUGCCUGUGUUGUAGUGGGCUAAACCAUUAGAUGUGCAAGUCAUACCAAAGAGAACUGAAUUUUUUUGUUGAAGCCCAUACUAGUAUUUUUAGUCACAGGAAAUAAGUUGGAUGAGUAUAUUGAAUGUUGUAGCUAUUUGACGUUGUAUAUAACCGUAAGUCUCCACCCUCAGAAAUGCAUAUAAGGGAGGCAAAUAAAUGUCAUGAAUAUAUUACUUUUUGUGCUUGAAGCUUAACAGUUUUCCAGUAGGAUAUCAUCCUGCCCUCCAGUGAAAUUCCAAAGCAAGAUCAGAAGAAUACACAAUCUGACAAUGUGAGGAACUUAGUCAUGUACAAAAAUUUUGAAGCAAUAUUUCAACAAACCAUAGUGGCUGACUGGGUCCCUAUCCAUUUUGCUGAAGGAUAGCGGUUCAGCAAUGUGUGGCAAGCUGUGGCUGAGGGGUUAGCACGCCCAGUGUGUUGCAAUGACCCAAGCCUCACACCAGUGCAGUCGCUGUGAGUUCAAGAUCAGCUCAUGCUGGCUUCCUCUCUGGCUGUACGUGAGAAGGUCUAUCAGGAACCUGCGGAUGGUCGUGGGUUCUUCCCAAGCUCUGCCCGAUUUUGCUUCAACAUAAUGCUGAUUGCCAUCAUAAAAGUGAAAUAUUCUUGAGUACAGCAUAAAACAUUGAUGAAUGAUGAAAUGAAUAUAAUGAAUAAAUCGGCAGGCAAGCCGAGUUCUUGUUAGGAUAAUGUAAUCAUGAAGAAACAAUGUACGUUAACAAUCUGCAGCUGCAUUAAUUCAAAA